CGCCCCCUGAAAAUCCCCGCCAUAAACGAGUACGGGCCUGGAUUGGAGGUAGUUGUAGUAGCUGUGAUUGAAGUAUACGUGUUGACUACGGAUAAACUAUGCAGCAUGGAAUCCACAGAUGCACGGAGUAGAUCCAGCAUCAUCAUACGAUGCUGAAACCUCGAUCACCCGCAAGAUAACGAGCCCCCUUGGCUAUGAGGAUUUCUUAUCCGACGUCAAUUCGAAACGGAGGGCCUUGGUUAUGAGAUUUGAUAAUCGUCGCGGUGCCCUGGGUUCCCCGGCAGCGGGCCUUCUGGCUGGAUGAAAUGGAGCCGGCCAAGACUUUGGAUGCUCCACCGUUGACGACUGCGUGGUCCAGGGCCCUGCGGAAUCCUGGGAUCUUCGGGGAGGGAAAAAGAGGGUACGUAUGUGGGUGAGUGUACUCCGUACACGGUGUAUGGCUAUGCUGCCCCCCCGUAUGGUAAUCCGCGAGCGUAGAGGUGGGGUGGAAUGCGUGGAAGCCUUCUCUGCGUUGUCGUGCUCAGUGUACCACCUUUAAGGGCCCUGGGACCCGUGUUCUUCGCUUUCUUCGACUUACUCGUUCCUUGUUCCUUGUUCCUUCUUCUCUUCUCUCUCAUCCCUCUCAUCUUUUCAUCCUCCCCGUGUUUCUUGCCACGGUUGUGUAUUAUCUCUUUUCGGGGACGAUCUCACAAAAGUUUCCUUUCUUGUUGAUCAUUCUACCACUGCCAAUUCCCUUCUUCUAUACCCUCCCCUCCAUCUUCCAUAUCACAUCAUGGCCAACGCUCCUCACGGUGGUGUCCUGAAGGACCUGCUCGCUCGCGAUGCUCCCCGCCACGACCAGCUCGCCGCCGAGGCCGAGACCCUCCCCGCCGUCGUCCUCACCGAGCGCCAGCUCUGCGAUCUCGAGCUGAUCAUGAACGGUGGUUUCUCUCCUCUCGAGGGUUUCAUGAACCAGGCCGACUAUGACCGUGUCUGCCAGGACUGCCGUCUCGCCGAUGGAAAUGUCUUCUCUAUGCCCAUUACCCUCGACGUCACCCAGCAGGUCGUCGACGAGAACAAGCUCAAGGCCGGUGCCCGCAUUACUCUGCGCGAUUUCCGUGAUGACCGCAACCUGGCCAUCCUGACCAUUGACGAUAUCUACCGGCCCGACAAGACCAAGGAGGGCGAGCUCGUCUUCGGUGGUGACCCCGAGCACCCCGCUAUCGUUUACUUGAACCAGACGAUCAAGGAGCUGUACAUUGGUGGCAAGGUCGAGGCUGUCAACAAGCUCAACCACUACGACUAUGUCGGUCUGCGCUACACUCCCGCUGAGCUGCGCGUCCACUUCGACAAGCUGGGCUGGUCCCGCGUCGUCGCUUUCCAGACUCGUAACCCCAUGCACCGUGCUCACCGUGAGCUGACCGUCCGUGCCGCUCGCUCCCGCCAGGCCAAUGUCCUGAUUCACCCCGUCGUCGGUCUGACCAAGCCCGGUGACAUUGACCACUUCACCCGUGUCCGCGCUUACGAGGCCCUCCUCCCCCGCUACCCCAACGGCAUGGCCGUUCUGGGUCUGCUCGGCCUGGCCAUGCGUAUGGGUGGUCCCCGUGAGGCCAUCUGGCACGCUAUCAUCCGUAAGAACCACGGUGCCACUCACUUCAUUGUCGGCCGUGACCACGCUGGUCCCGGUAGUAACUCCAAGGGUGUCGACUUCUACGGCCCGUACGAUGCCCAGCACGCCGUCGAGAAGUACAAGGAUGAGCUCGGUAUCGAGGUUGUCGAGUUCCAGAUGGUCACUUACCUGCCCGACACCGACGAGUACCGCCCCGUCGACCAGGUUCCCCAGGGUGUCAAGACCCUGAACAUCUCCGGUACCGAGCUGCGCCGCCGUCUGCGCACCGGCGCCCACAUCCCCGAGUGGUUCUCCUACCCCGAGGUUGUCAAGAUCCUGCGCGAGUCCAACCCCCCUCGCAACGCCCAGGGUUUCACCAUCUUCCUGACUGGUUACAUGAACUCCGGCAAGGACGCCAUUGCCCGUGCUCUCCAGGUUACCCUGAACCAGCAGGGUGGUCGCUCCGUCUCCCUGCUGCUGGGUGACACCGUUCGCCACGAGCUCUCCUCCGAGCUGGGCUUCACCCGCGAGGACCGCCACACCAACAUCCAGCGCAUUGCUUUCGUCGCCUCCGAGCUGACCCGUGCCGGUGCCGCCGUCAUCGCCGCCCCCAUCGCCCCCUACGAGGUCUCGCGGAAGUACGCCCGUGACGCCGUCUCCCAGGCUGGCAACUUCUUCCUCGUCCACGUCGCUACUCCCCUCGAGUACUGCGAGAAGACCGACAAGCGUGGUAUCUAUGCCAGCGCUCGUCGUGGCGAGAUCAAGGGCUUCACCGGUGUCGAUGACCCCUACGAGGCUCCUGAGAAGGCUGACCUCGUUGUCGACGCCUCCAAGCAGUCCGUUCGUAGCAUCGUCCACGAGAUUAUCCUCGUGCUCGAGAGCGAGGGCUACUUCGAGAAGGCCCAGCAGUAAAUUAUUGAAAUGCAUUGCUGGAUGAUUGAUUGAUGGAUCUUGUUACUUUUUUCCCUUUUAUUUCCCUUUUGGAGCUUUAUUUCCCAUAGAGAUGUCUAUUUGCUUUUUAAUUGCAAUUGGAUUCCCCCAAUUAGAUGUUAGAAUUAAGCUUUAAACCACAAAUCCUUUGGAAUUCUUACGAUGGUGCGGUAUAGCGCAGAUUGAGCUUCUUCAGAUAUUCGGGAGUCUUCAAUGCUGCAGAGUAUACUCCGUACUCCGUAUUCGGCCUGCCGAC